UCCGCCCAAAGGUCGCGGAUCGAAGCGCCAUUCAACGCCGGGAGAUGCUCACUCUUCUGCACAGAGGUCCUGUUCAGACCAUCACCAUCACCAUCACCACCUCCAACUUCUUCUUCUUCACCUCCUCUUACCUCCCCCACCAACUCCUAGCAACCACCGCAUCACCGCCACCGCCACCUGCUCCUCCACUUGACGCCUCCAUCGCCGCCUCAAUCCUCGCCUCAACCCCUCAAACCCUGCCCGGAAUCCUCCAAAAUCCUAGCAUCCAAUGGACGCCGGACCUUGUCGACAAGACCCUGAAGCGCCUCUGGAACCACGCCCCAAAGGCCCUGGCUUUCUUCGCCCAGCUCUCCCAACAUCCCAGUUACGCCCACUCCGCCUCCUCCUUCGACCACGCCGUCGACCUCGCCGCGCGCGUCCGCGACUACAGGGCCGUGUGGGCCUCCGUGGCCCGGAUGCGGUCCCUCCGCCUCGGCCCCUCCCCGAAGACAUUCGCGAUUAUCGCCGAGAGGUAUGUGGCCGCCGGGAAACCGGAUAGAGCGGUUAAGGUGUUCUUGUCGAUGCACGAGCACGGCUGUCGUCAGGAUUUGAGUUCCUUUAACACCGUUCUUGAUAUACUGUGCAAGUCUAGACAUGUAGAGAUGGCUACCAACAAGUUGUUUAAGGUUUUCCGGGGCAGGUUUAAGGCUGAUUGUGUUAGUUACAAUAUAAUUGCGAAUGGGUGGUGUUUGAUCAAACGGACGCCGAUGGCUUUGGAGGUGUUCAAGGAGAUGGUGGAUAGGGGGUUGAACCCGAGUUCGACAACUUAUAAUAUAAUGCUUAAAGGGUUCUUUAGAGCUGGCCAAGUUGAUGAAGCGUGGCAAUUCUUUAUGCAGAUGAAGAAGAGGAAGUGUGAUAUUGAUGUUGUCACGUAUACCACGGUGAUCCAUGGUUUCGGCAUCAUUGGUGAGAUUAAGAAAGCUAGAAGGGUGUUUGAUGAGAUGGCUAGAGAGGGGAUUCUUCCUUCUGUUGCCACUUAUAAUGCCAUGAUUCAGGUUCUCUGCAAGAAAGAUAAUGUGGAAAAUGCGAUUGUGGUUUUCGAAGAAAUGUUGAGGAAGGGUUACGUGCCCAACUCAAUUACUUACAAUUUGGUGAUUAGGGGAUUGUGUCAUGCAGGGCAUAUGGACAGAGCUGUGGAAUUUUUGUCAAGAAUGGAGGAUGAUGGAUGUGAACCUAAUGUACAGACAUACAAUAUCACAAUUCGUUACUUUUGUGAUGCUGGAGAAAUAGAGAAUGGCAUGCGCCUGUUUGAGAAAAUGGGAAGUGGGGUUUGCUUGCCAAAUUUGGACACGUACAACAUCCUUAUCAGUUCCAUGUUUGUGAGGAAGAAAUCGGAUGAUUUGGUGCUGGCAGGGAAAUUGUUGAUUGAGAUGGUUGACAGAGGAUUUGUGCCUAGAAAAUUUACUUUCAACAGGGUCUUGGAUGGGCUUUUACUUACUGGAAACCAAGGUUUUGCAAAGGAGAUCCUUAGAGUGCAAAGCAAAUCUGGUCGUCUUCCUCGUCGUUUUAAGUUAUAGUUUGAGCUGUCGAUCUAUCCUGAACCUGCCGACGAAAUUCAUCCCCUUUUCUCAGCUUGAGUUUCAGCUUUUCAGAUCUUACACAAUAUAUAGCGAGCAACAAACUUCCAGGGGACAGGUUUUGCCAUUGUAAGCACCGACAGAUUCGGCAAGGAAGAGAGGCUGCUGGAAUUUGUGGCAUUUCUCACGUCUUCAGAGCCUUGUUAUUUGCAGUAAUUC